CCAGGGGUAGGGUGUGGUUAGGCAGUGGGGUCUGACCUGACAUCCCUUUUUUUAUUGUCUCAGGGCCUCUUCACGUGAUCUCCCCAUUUGUUAGCUUAGGCUUUCUCUUAGCAUGGUGGCUUCUAUGCAACUGAACAGCUUACAUCCCUGAAGGCUUCAGGAGGGAAUACUUCAAGAGAACCAAGGGAAAGAUCUGGCUCCCUCCGCAGCAUCCUCAGCGCCGGGGCUCCUGGCCGCCGCCAGUGGAGCGCGCUCCGGCCUGCGGCACCCGCUGACUCCGCAGCACGGUUAGGGCGCUCAGAUUGCGGACUUGCGGAGGCAGUCUGGCCGGCCUGUCGGGAGGCGGGGCACUGGCGGCCUCAGCCAGGACGUUGGGCCCGGCCCGGCGGGCCGCGGAGUGGCGGCGAGAGGGGGUGCAGCGGGGCCGGGCGGGCGCGGCGCGGAGGAAGUGCGGUCUUCGCGGCUCGGCGCGGGCCGCAAUGUCGUCCCGGCUCGGGCGCGACGACUCGGGGACCGGGGGCGCGCGGCGGCCGCGGGAGCCUCCGGAGCAAGAGCUGCAGCGACGCCGCGAACAGAGGCGGCGGCGGCACAACGCGCAGCAGCUGCAGCAGCUCAAGCACCUGAAGUCCUUUUAUGACAAACCUCCUCCUGGACUUAUCAAGGAGGAUGAGACUAAGCCAGAAGACUGUAUACCAGAUGUUCCAGGCAGUGAACAUGCCAGGGAAUUUCUGGCCCACGCACCAACCAAAGGACUUUGGAUGCCACUGGGGAAAGAAGUCAGAGUCAUGCAGUGUUGGCGCUGUAAACGAUAUGAUCACCGAACAGGCGACAAAGAAUGCCCUUUUUUUAUCAAAGGCAACCAAAAGUUAGAACAGUUCAGAGUAGCACAUGAAGAUCCCAUGUAUGACAUCAUACGAGAGAAUAAAAGACAUGAAAAGGAUGUAAGGUAGCAAAGUAUGGCAGUGGUUCCCACGGAGAUUUCUGCUCCAGUAAGUUUUGACUCUGUAUCUGCCCAUCUCUCCAGUUUUGGGGUCAGCGGUUUGCCCUGUGACCUCAAUUCUCUGAUAGAUUUAAGAAGAUCUGAUGAUUAGUUUGUUCGGCUUUUUACUUGUUAGGACAGAGUGAAGACUUCUAAUCUCUUUACAUGCCAGACCAGAGACGGGAAGUUGGUGGAUAUUGCUUUAAGCCACUACAUUUGCGGUAAUUAGUUCCUGCCCACAUCUGGAAAAUUCGUGAGGGCAGAGACUAUCUUGUUACAUGUUGUAGUCUCACCUUCUAACACAAUGUGUCACGCAUGGUGGUGUUCAAUGGGAAUUUGUUAAAAGUAUGGUUACAUUUUCCAUUUGGAACAUGAUUUGGAAGUUAUAGUGGAUGCUGUAUUGUGCCACUUGUAUUUGCCUCCUAACCCCUACACCUGACUUCAGGACUGAAGUAUUUAUUCUCCCAACUGCUGGUUAACAGCUGACUUCAGGUAACAGUUGCAAAUGACCUCCACUUUCCAGGGAUUGGUUGUUCUUGCUUGAAGAGAGCUACGCUAUCCAAGGCCACGCCUCAUUUCCAGGGGCAUCCUGCAUCACAGUGACUGGUCUAUGCAGGGGUGUAAGAUGUAGCCUCUUGCCCCAACUGGGACAAUUCUGCAGGGUCAUUACAGUUCAUGAGCUCUCAGUGGGAUUGGCCAAGGCCUUUGUUGUGCCUGCAUCACACCCAAACUCCUGCUUAAUCAUGCUUUCUUUGUCCCCUCAGAGAUGUUUUCCCUAAAGCACUCUCCAUUAAAUUUCUUGCACCCAAAUCUCCAUCUCAGAGUCUGGCCCUAAGAAAUUCAACCUGCCACAGAGGUAAGAUGGCAGGGAAGAAGAAGGGUAGGUGUGGUCAGGAAUUAUUGUUCAUUUUAGACUCCAUUUUCCAAAUUUAUACUUAGCUUUUCAUCUCCCCUCUAGGG